AUGGGAAGUGUGCCAGAAGAGAGGAACAGGCCCCUGGUGAGGUUACCCCAGGGCCAGAUCCUCGGUAUCAGGAAAGAAGAGGCAUUGCCUCGCCCCGUCGAUGCCUUCCUUGGCGUCCCGUACGCCCAGCCGCCGACUGGCGACCGCAGAUUCCGCGCGCCGGCCAAGCUGCCCUCUGCGCCUGACAGCAUCGUCGACGCCUCCGCUUAUGGUCCUGCAGCUCCCGGCAAGCCCUUGUUUGUGAACGCUCCGAAGCUCGAGUACAGCGAAGACUGCCUGACCGCCAACAUCUUCCGGCCGUCGAGCAAUGGCGCCUCGACGAGCCAGAAGCUCCCCGUGACCGUGUACGUCCAUGGCGGCGCGUUCAACAGGGGCUCGUCGUCCAUGCACAACUCGGCCUCGAUGCUGGCGCAUUCGGCAAACGACUUUAUUAUUGUCUCUUUCAACUACCGCCUUGGCGCCCUCGGAUUCUUGCCAUCAGCUGUGAGCUUGAAGGAGGGCGCAGUGAACCUUGGUCUCCACGAUCAACUGCAUUUGCUGCAGUGGGUUCAGGACAAUAUCGAGGCCUUCGGGGGCGAUCCCAGCAAAGUCACGCUUCUUGGACUGUCUGCUGGAGCUCAUUCGAUUGGCCACCUUUUGAUGAGCUACAAAGAAGGAGUCGCCCCCUUGUUCCACAGAGUGAUCAUCGAGUCCGGGGCGCCGACAUCGCGAGCCGUCCGACCCUACAAUUCCGCCAUUCACGAGGAGCAGUUCCAAGACUUUCUGCGGGAGGUCAAGGCGCCCGAGGGCCUGGCCGAGGACGAGAUCUUCCCCUUCCUGAGGAAGGUACCUUACGAUGUCAUCACCGCUGCGCAGACAGCCGUGUUUGACAAGUACAACCCCUCCUUGAGGUGGGCAUUCCAACCCGUCAUCGACGGAGACGUCAUCAUGCGCCCGCCGCUGGAGACGUGGAAGCUUGGCAAGUGGCACAAGGUGCCCAUCAUCACCGGCUUCACCACAAAUGAGGGCUCUCUGUACGUCAACAAGCAGAUGAACACAUCUGCCGAGUUCAGGGCCUUCUUCGCCAAGCUGCUCCCGCUCCUGUCGCAGGAGGAACUCGACACUCUCUGCCAUCUUUACCCAGACCCCGAGGUCUCCCCAGAAUACAAGGAGGAGCGGACUACAGUAGGAUCGCAGUACAAGCGCGUCGAGGCAGCCUACGCCCACUACGCCUACGUCGCGCCCUCCCGCCAGACCGCCCUGUACGCCGCGCCCUCCGUCCCCGUCUACCUGUACCACUGGGCCCUCGUCUCCACCGUCGAGAACCGCGCGCAGCACGGCGACAACAUGGCGUACGAGACGUGCGACCCGGCCGUCACGGCCAGGUCGCCGUCGCAGAAGGAGCUCGCCCUCUCCUUCAACCGCUACCUGACCAACUUCAUCGUGUCGGGCGACCCCAACUCGCCCGCGGCGGGGCCCGCCGACCAGCCGCGGUGGGAGGCGCUCAAGGUCGAGGCGCCGAGGGCCAUGGCGUUCGGCUUGGGCAACGAGGAGAAGAUCGGCGGCCAGACGGGGCCCGCCGCCACCUUUGCCGACGACACCUGGGGCCGCAAGGAGUGCGAGUUCUGGUGGAGCAAGGUAGAGCUGUCUCAGCAGUGA